UCGGUGGCGUUGUCGCCUUCGACUGGUGCGACGGCGUCGGUGGCGGGGUCUACUCUGACGGGUGCGACGGCGUCGGUGGCGUUGUCGCCUUCGACUGGUGCGACGGCAUUGGUGGCGUUGACGACUCCGACUGGUGCGACCUCGUCGGUGUCGGGGUCAAUGCGGCAGAACGUGGCUGCGACCCCUGGCGUGGGUCGGCUCCACACAGGGAGGGGAUCACCUGCGCCAAGGGCUGCCUCUGA